UGGGGAAGAAAGUAAUGUUUUGUAUAAUUUUAUCUUCCUCUAUGUCCAAAACGUGAUGCUUAUUAAGACGUCGGAACGUUUUCUCCGUCUCCACGCUUCUGAUUCUGGCCGUCCUCGCCGCCAUCGACCGCCCGGCUUCCGUCGCCACCGCCUCCUUCUCCCCUCUCCCGCCUGCCGCAGUCUAGAAUGGCUAGGGGUAGGGGUAUCAGAAGCCACUGCAGAAAAUUUUCUUCGAAGUAUAUGUCACCGCGAUGUUCAUUACCUUCUUUUCGCCGACCUAUAACGACAAGAGAAGGAAAAAUGAAAAAGACACCCUUUACUUCAGAAAAAAAGGACUGGAAGGGUGUCAGCUGCCCGGUUUGCAUGGAGUACCCACACAAUGCUGUUCUCCUUCUCUGCUCUUCUUACAAGAAAGGCUGUCGCCCCUACAUGUGUGGGACCAGUUACCGCUACUCCAACUGUUUUGAACAAUUGAAGAAGGCACACACUAAGACUACUUUGGUGGUCGAAGACCAGAUCCAUGAUCUUCUGCCUACGAGGAGGAAAUCUGAAGUAACUGAGCUAGCAUGCCCGUUGUGCCGUGGCCAAGUGAAGGGAUGGACGGUGGUGGAACCGGCACGCAAAUAUCUCAACAAGAAGAGAAGAAGCUGCACUCAAGACGAGUGCUCAUUUUCAGGAAACUACAAGGAGCUCCGGAAACAUGUGCAUGCGUCUCACCCUCAUGCAAAACCUCGAGUUGUGGAUCCAGUAACUGACAGUAAAUGGAGAAAUAUGGAGUACCAGCAGGAACGGGCAGAUUUGAUCAGCACGAUAAGGUCUUCCAUGCCUAGAUCAGUGAUACUGGGAGACUAUGUGAUAGACAUGGGCGUCGAUGAUUCAAAUUCCAAUCUUUCUGAUUUUCACGAUCAUUUAUUUGAUGUUGCUAGCAGGAUGAGGGAUCAUCAGAGUAUCUUUAGUACAUUCCUCCGCCACGAGGCUAGAAGGAGACUCAGGGAAGCCUAUGCUCGCAACCUAAGCAUCAUCAAUCAAACUGAUGAUGAUGAUGAUGACGACGACGAUGAUGAAGGUGAAGAUUAAGUAGCUGAUCGAACUUCUGAUGACAAUGCAGAUGAAAAACAAGUAAGACCUUAUCGUAGCUUAGUUAUUUCUGAAACUGUUCUUUUGAUCUUUUGUUUCCAUGAAUACUUGUCUGAUAGUUUAGAUAUCAAUGAUGUUCAUUAAAUCUA